CGUUCCGCCAUGGAGUUUGCCGACCUCAUCCUGACGCCAAAGCUGGAGGGCGUUCUGAUGUACGACCAGCAAGGCGAAAGGCCCGUCGACGUAACGCUCUGCAUCACCGGUCAUCACCUAAUUUUGAGUACGAGACAAGAGGGAGCUCUGGAGCUGUGGCUGCUGCACCAGAAUAUUGACUUGGUUGAACGAAAGCCACACAUCGUGAACAAUAUCCUUGAGGGCGGUACGAUCAUCCUGAAAUGCAAAGAUCUGCGCAUUAUCGCUCUGAAAAUUUUGUCGCCUACGGAGUAUUUUAAUAUUUCCAACUCGAUCGAGCAGCUGUCCAAUUUGGAGGAAACGAAAAUGCUGUACCCGUUCUUUUACAUUCGAAUGUACGAUAUACUAGAGGACGGAUACGGCGCAUACCGACCGGAACAGGAGUACGCCAAGCUGCUGGCUAAUGGUGAUGAGUGGCGAUUGACGACGGUGAACAGCUCGUACCAAGUGUGUCCCACGUACGGGGCCAAACUGCUGGUGCCACGAUCCAUCACGGACGAACAGAUCGUACAAUCAGCAGCAUUCCGAGACGGCGGACGGUUUCCGGUGUUAGCUUAUCGCCACACUAACGGUGCCGCAAUGCUACGUAGCUCCCAGCCACUGGCCGCACCUGGUGUCACCAAGCGAUGCCGUGCGGACGAAGCGAUCCUGAAUGCGGUGCUCGGGCGCAGCAAAAAAGGCUUCAUAUUCGAUACCUGGGGGAGCAAGGGCAAAGGCGGCAACACGGAAACGGACCAGCACUACUCGCAAUGGAAGAAAGUAACACGUCCUAUAGGGCAGUUCAGCUCUAUCUCGGCACUAUUGGAUAGCUUUCAGAAGUUAAUGGAGGCAUGCAACGAUGUACAGUGCAGCUCGGACAAGUGGCUUUCGAGAUUAGAGAUCUCCGGCUGGCUUGGUUACGUGCUCAAUGCACUCAAUGCGGCAUGUGUCGUUGCACAGUGCUUGGAUCAAGAGGGUAGCCCGGUGUUGGUUCAUGGCGGCAAAGGAUUCGACACAACGCUCAUUGUUACAUCGUUAGUUCAAAUAAUAUUAAAUCCUGACUGCCGAACGAUACGAGGAUUGCAAGCGCUUAUCGAGCGAGAAUGGCUGCAGGGCGGAUACCCGUUUUCAACUCGACAUAAGCAUUCUUGUUAUACGCCAGCGCAUCAGAGACGGAAAAGUUCCAGCGCGACCUUUCUGCUCUUCCUCGACUGCGUAUAUCAAUUGUAUGCCCAGUUCCCGUUCAGUUUCGAGUAUGAUCACCGACUAUUGAUAGUGAUCUUCGAGCACAGCUACUUCAGCCAGUACGGCACAUUCUUGUGUGAUAGUGAGCAUGAGCGAGUGCGGCUCAAAGUGUUCACUCGGACAACCAGUCUGUGGUCACAUCUGAAUCGCCCCGAGGUGGUAAAAUCGCUGCUGAACCCACUCUACGAGCCCAAUCCGGCUGUCAUUUGGCCUUCGGUAGCACCCAUCAGCAUCGUGCUGUGGGCGGAACUGUACACGCGAUGGUCCGUGGAUCAAUCGCAGCUGAAGAUUACAUUCGGUCGUAUACAGGCGCUGAUAAGCAGAGAGAAGGAUUUGCGCAGUCGCGCUUUGAAACUGCGCCGGCAGCUGGCAGAGCUACAGCGUAAAAACAUGGAAAAAGACCGUUUCCAUUCAGCCUCUUCGGAAUUAGAUGAUCCAGGCGAUGAUGGAGAUGAAGAAAGUGUAUCGUCCGACCCCAUAGGUAGCAGUAAGUAAUAGUCAGUUAUAGUAAUAGGGCCAUAGUGGAAUCCAUCUGUCCAUUAGAAGCUUUCGGGAGCGUUGCUAACAUGCAUACUCCACCGGAACAAGACAUACCGGUCCUGCCACGGCUGGGUAGUUUGACCUGAAUUUCCUUCGAGUGCAUUUUUCAAUCACUUCAUCUCAUCUUUAGAGGUGAUACAAUAAUUCCUGAUUUUGUUGUAUUCAUUAGUCACUUCCGCUUUCUCUCAACGUAUUUUGCAUUUCUCUUCCCAUGGUGAAUCCAUGUCUUAUCGAACUUUUACCAAAACGUUUAUGAAUUUCAGCUUAUUCCGUUUGUUCGGAAGUUUUUUUUGAAACGGUUUUGAAGCCAACCAGUCUUUGCGUAAUGUUUUCUUGCCGCUCAAACUGCAAACAAUUUAAAUCAAGUUUAUUAAGUUAAUUUUUUUUUCUUACAAUCUUACAAGUUGCACUUACACGUUGUUCCCGUUCCGUUUUCCAAAAGUAAAAGGCACUGCCAUUCGACUUGACAGCCCUGCUCCCAAUUUCAUGUAAUUUUUUCUGAUCUACUUGGUUUGCCAAUUCUAAUUCGAAUUCAUCUAAUCUCUUUCAUCCUAAUCUUUUCAAACACCAUUCCUAAUUA